CCUAUGGAGCCAGGUGCCUGGGGGAACAGGACAACUGUCACUGAGUUCAUCCUUCUUGGCCUCACAGAAAACAUAAGACUGCAAACCAUCCUUUUUGUCGUCUUCCUCUUUGCCUACCUGGUCACCGUCGGAGGCAACCUUAGCAUCCUGGCUGCCAUCUUUGUGGAGCCCAAACUCCACUCACCCAUGUACUACUUCCUGGGGAAUCUGUCUCUGCUGGAAAUCGGAUGUGUCACUGUCACUGUCCCUCCAAUGCUAGCAUGUCUCCUGGCCCACCAGUGCAGAGUCCCCUAUGCUGCCUGCAUUUCACAGCUCUUCUUUUUCCAUCUCCUGGCUGGUGUGGACUGUCACCUCCUGACGGCCAUGGCCUACGACCGCUACCUGGCCAUCUGCCAGCCCCUCACCUACAGCACCCUCAUGAGCCAGGAAGUCCAGGGAGCCCUGGUGGCCAUUUGCUGCACCGUCUCUUUUAUCAAUGCUCUCACUCACACAGUGGCUGUAUCUGUGCUUGACUUCUGUGGCCCUAAUGUGGUCAACCACUUCUACUGCGACCUCCCACCCCUUUUCCAGCUCUCCUGCUCCAGCAUCCACCUCAGGCAGCUGCUUUUUGUGGGGGCCACGUUCAUGGGGGUGUCCCCCAUGAUCCUCAUCUCAGUGUCCUAUGCCCAUGUCACAGCUGCAGUGCUACGAAUCCGUUCAGCAGAGGGGAGGAAGAAGGCCUUCUCCACGUGUGGCUCCCACCUCACUGUGGUCUGUAUCUUUUAUGGAACUGGCUUCUUCAGUUACAUGCAUCUGGGCUCCGUGUCAGCGUCAGAUAAGGACAAGGGGAUUGGGAUCCUCAAUACUAUCCUUAGCCCCAUGCUGAACCCAGUCAUCUACAGCCUCCGGAACCCUGAUGUGCAGGGGGCCCUGAAACGGGUGCUGAUGGGGAAGCGGCCACCUGAAUGA